AUGACGGAUGGUUUACGUCACGUUGUCCACCGCAGGGUGCAUCUGGAACGAUCGCAGCCUCAAGGCCGUCGAGCUCGUGUAGGUCGGUUCCUUGAGAAGAAGCGGGAUUACAAGAAACGUGCUGAACGGUUCCAUGUCCUAGAACGUCGUAUACGUGACCUUGCAGAUAAAGCGAGGUUCCGAAAUGAAGAUGAGUUUAAUUUUAAAAUGGUCCACGGUAAACUGGGUGAUGAUGGUGUCGUAGUGUUACCAUCGUCAUCUGCAGUUGCUACCCGGAAAUUAGAUAAUAAUAAGAAAUUUCGCCGAUCUCUAGAUCAACUCGAUAGGAACCGUUUUGUGUUGCAGCAUCGUUCUAAUAUCAAGGGCAAACGUGCUACGGCUGCAAUAACCGAGAAUGCAACAUUACUAAUGGGUGAAGGCAGCCAUGUAGAAUUCAGUGACAGCUCCGAGGAAGAAGCGGACCCCUCUGGUGCCGUGGAAGGCUCGGAGUCAUCAUCUGUUCGUGCUACCAAAAGGGUAGACGACCAUCUUUUGGGUGUUAGUGAGGCGCUCCAAUCUAAGCGUGCUGAUGACGAGUUACGUCAACGUCUAGAUGCGGAACGUAAUAUACGUUUAGCGGUACAUAAUAAACGUCAAGUACGUCGCGUGAAAGGGACCAACGUACAUCUAUUUCCCUUUGUAAGACAAAAAUAG